AUGCUCAUUGAUCUAGCAUGUUUCGCACGUUACGGUCGUUUAUUACCAAGCACCAUUCCCAUAUUGACCAAACGGUUCAUGCCUGCACGUGGUUCGAAACCUUUACCGAGGUACUUGUGGGAUAUGGAGGAUCUGGAGGUGAAAUGUGAAGGAGCAUACACGUGUAAGCCAUUGGUCUUGAAUCGUCUCGGUGGACGUGACCCCAAAACAGGUCGUAAAGUCAAUCAACAUAUUGGUGGUGGCGUCAAGUUCGAUUAUUUUAUGAUCGAUUUCCAUCGACGUGGUCCAAAAAUCCCAGAUGCUACUUAUGAUGAGCGGGUUAUUGAGAUAAGAAGAGAUGCGAAUCGAACGUGCUUAAUCGCACUUGUUGCUGGCUGGGAAGGCAAACGAUGGAUAUUGGCUACAGAGAAUAUGAAGGCUGGACAGAUUAUCAGUACAACGUGUUAUAUACCUGAAAACCCUCAAGAAGGCAUUGAAGGCAAUGCGUAUCCAUUAGGAGCAUUGGUACCUGGCUCAUGCAUCAAUUCAGUGGAGAAGUUACCAAAUGAACGGAAGUACCCAUCAACGGAUGAUGAUGUUUUUAUUGUUACUGCUGGAACAUGUGCUGAGAUUAUUCGGCAUCAAGGUGAUUUCGUUGUAAUCCGGCUACCUCACAAACAUGAAUUUUUAUUAUCAAAAGAAUGCAUGGCCACAGUAGGUCGACUGUCAAACGCAGAAUUCCACACAAAAAUCUUCGGCUCAGCCCAAAUGCAUCGGCGCUUUGGUUACAAGAUGUCUAGUGGCUUGUUCCAAAAAAAGGAUGGUUACUUGGGUCGUAAAAUUCGACGCCUGCCCCCACCCAGGAAAGUAAUGCCGAAGGAAGCGCCAGAAGAAUUACUCUCUUUUACUUUGACUAAGGAAGAACAAAGUGGGCUCACAGGCAUUCACAGAAUACCUCAAAUGGUUCAUGCCGGUUUUAAUUACCGCGAGUAUCCAGAUUAA